AUGUCUCUUUCUCGAUUCCUUUACGAACCAUUCUACUCCCUCGCCGACUUUGAUCGUCUGUUCGACGAGGCUUUUACCACUCGAACGCAGGCUCCAGAGGCGGGAGCAGUCGUAAGACCUCUUCGGCCAAGGAUGGACUUGCAUGAGGAUGCAAAGGCGAACACUGUGACAGCGACAUUCGAGCUGCCUGGUCUCAAAAAGGGUGACGUCGACAUCAGCGUGCAGAACAAUGUUCUGACCGUCUCCGGAGAGUCGAAGUCGUCCUCUGAGCGCGAGGAAGGCGGAUAUGCCAUUCGCGAACGCCGUUAUGGGAAGUUCUCCCGGGCUGUUACUCUUCCUCAGGGCACGAAGAGUGACCAAAUCAAGGCGGCUAUGAAUGACGGUGUCCUUUCCGUCACAUACCCGAAGACGACAACUGAGCAGGCGCAGCAGAAGAUCACUGUUGCGUAA